AUGCGCCAGCACAAAAAACGCGCCAAGACGGCCCUGGCGUUUGCCGCACACAGUAGCUGUGGGUGCGCGGGAUGCCGCGCCGCUGAAGCCGUGCGCGGGGUUGCUGCCCAAGACACCGGCAUACCGCCUGUGAGCAGAAUGCUCGACAUCCGCCUCUCGGCCAGGUUGUCUUUCAGGCCUCACAAGCCUCCACGAGAACCCGCGAUCCGGCGAACCGCCGCAACCGUUGACAUCCAACUUCGCACCCGUCCUCCCGAGGACGCACCCGAUUGUCUCUCAAUGGCUGCCCAGACGGUGACCGAGCUCAGAACCCAUAGUCGAUACACGGUGGGAUGGGUUUGCGCUCUUCCCAAAGAACAGACUGCGGCGACGGCCAUGCUGGAUGACAGGCAUCCUGAUCUUCCGAAGCCGCCCAACGACGACAACACGUACACCCUGGGAUCCAUCGCUGCCGCCGUCGCUGCGCGGAUGGUCGGCACCUUUCCAUCAGUCAAGGUCGGUCUCAUGGUCGGCAUCGGCGACGGUAUUCCACCCAAGGUUCGGCUUGGCGAUGUCGUGGUCAGCUCACCCGUAGGCCAGUUUCCUGGGGUGGUCCAGUGGGAUUUCGGCAAGGCGAUGGAAGGGGCCAAAUUCGAACGGACCGGGUCGCUCAAUAACCCGCCCACAUCACUCCGCACAGCUUUGACGAAACUGGAGACGGAGAACGAGUUGAGCGGGUCCAAGAUACCGGAGUACUUAGACGAGCUCAAAGAGAAAUGGCCAAGGCUGGCACCAAAGUAUCUGCGGUCCGGCUCGCUUGAGGAUGUGUUAUUCAGGGCGGAUUACGACCACGUCAGCGAGCGCAGCUCGGAUUGCGACGUCACCUUGGACAGUGAUGACGAGGACGAAGAGGAAGAGAGCUGCCGGUUCUGCGAUAGGGCCAAGAUCGUGAAGAGGAAGCCCAGAGAAAUGCGUGUGCACUAUGGCCUGAUUGCAUCGGGUAACCAAGUGAUCAAGGACGCUACCUUCCGGGGCAGGCUCAAUAUGGAUCUUGGUGGCAGUGUUCUCUGCGUUGAAAUGGAAGCGGCAGGACUGAUGAACAACUUCCCGUGCCUCGUCAUUCGAGGCAUCUGUGCCUACGCGGACUCGCACAAGAAUAAGGACUGGCAGGAGCACGCAGCGGCCGUGGCUGCGGCGUUUGCGAAGGAGCUUCUGGGAUACGUACAGACAAGUGACGUCGACGGAGAGCGCCCGGUGAAGGAUAUACUAGCCCAGGUGUCCAAGAUUCAAGAAAGCGUGGCUGUGGUGACAGCGAAAAUGAAAACAAAAGAAGAACUUCAUACUCUUAAUUGGCUCACGUCGGUUGAUUAUGCCGACCAGCACAACGACUUCAUCCGCCGGCGACAGGAAGGAACCGGACAAUGGCUAUUGGACUCGGCCGAGUUCCAAGCAUGGCUCAACACCGACAAGCAGACACUCUUUUGCCCCGGCAUUCCCGGAGCAGGGAAGACACUCAUCACGGCAAUCGUGAUCAAUCAUCUUCAGUCGAGAUUUCGAGAUGACCAGAGCACCGGCAUCGCGUACAUCUACUGCAAUUUCCAGCGGCAAGACGGGCAGAAGCCCGAAGACUUGCUCGCCCAGUUCCUCCUUGCGCAGCUCCACAUAGAUAUGCUUUUAUCUCAGUUAACAAAGGGGGAUUUGAAGCGGGCCUUGCAGUCACUCGGCAAGGGAAUGGAAGGAUUGGAAAAAACUUACGACCAGGCCAUGGAGAGAAUUGAACGUCAGGGACGCGACCAUGCGGACCGCGCCAAGCAAAUUCUAACAUGGAUCGUCCACUCGAAAAGGCCUCUCUCUGUCCUGGAGCUCCAGCACGCUCUUGCUGUGCAGGCAAAUACGGCGGCCCUAGAUACAGAUUUCAUUCCAACCGCUGAGGUCAUGUUGUCUCUGUGUGCUGGACUAGUUACUAUCGAUGAAGAAAGCAGCGUCAUCCGGCUGGCUCACUACACCACCCAGGAAUACUUUCAGCAAUCCCAGAAACAGUGGGUUUUGGGGGCAGUGGCCGACAUCGCGACAAGAUGCGUCACAUAUCUCUCGUUCGAUACGUUCCAAAACGGGUCCUGCCCAACACACGCGGAAUUUGAACAGCGCCUACGAUCAAACCCACUCUACAAGUAUGCGGCGCAAAACUGGGGGCAUUAUGCUCGUGAGGCUCUGACAUCGAAUCAAUCGGUUGCGGAGUAUCAAGAGGAUAGAGCCAAGGUCGAGGCGUUGAUCAUAUCCUUCCUCGAGACCGCUCCGAAGGUCGAAGCGUCGAGCCAAGCAAUGCUCUACUACGGUUUCAAGAUCGAAAGGACCAUGGCAGGGCUCCAUCUGGCAGCGUAUUUCGGGCUGGCAAAUGUAACAGAGGCUCUAAUCAACAAUGGCCAUGGUGUGGAUUCGCCCGAUCACACGGGCCGGACGCCGCUUUCUUGGGCUAUUGCGGGAGGGAGAACGGCGGUUGUCAAACUGCUGCUCGAAAGGGGGGCUAAUGUGGACUGCAGUUACCGGCUUAUCUUAUUAUUAACAAAAUGGUCAGACCCCUCUGUCGCAUGCUGCGGAAAUAAGGGACGAAACGAUUGUUGGACUCCUUCUAGACCAUCAUGCUCAACAAGACUAUCCGGACGGAGAUGGCCAAACGCCGCUAUCACGGGUUAUAGCGGGACGGAGAACGGCGGCUGUCAAACUGCUGCUCGAAGGGGGGCUAAUGUGGACUGCAGUUACCGGCUUUCUAGAAGAAUUAUCAUGCUCAGCAAGACUGUCCGGACGGAGAUGGCCAAACGCCGCUAUCACGGGCUAUAG